AACAAAUUAUAAAGUGUCAAAAUGCAAUGACUUGAAAAAAAAGUUUUGGUAAAAUUGUAAACAUAUUACAAACAUACAGUCAAUGUACACGAAGAAAGAUUUUCUCAAAAAGCUAUAAUUGUGUUUAUAACAUGGAUUAUUUUCAAGAGAUGGGAUGGAAUGAAUUGGCUGAUGGCGAACAACCGGAUCACAUGCUUCAUAUAGCAAGGUUCCUUAUGGAUUAUGGUUUUGAUAAUGAUAAUCCGAAUAUGCAAUGGCCCAGCUUACCACCACCAGCAUCAAAGGAAGUUGUAAAUAAUUUGCCGGAAAUUACAAUUGAUACUGAGGGGAAGAACUGUCCUAUAUGCCUUAAGGAUUUUAAAAUAAAUGAAAAAGCAAAGAAACUUCCUUGUGAACAUUUCUUUCAUCCUACAUGUAUAUUAACUUGGUUGAAUAAGACAAAUUCAUGUCCAUUCUGCCGAUUAGAACUUAAAACUGAUGAUGAAGCUUAUGAAAACUUCAAAAAAGAAAAAAAACGAGCUCAAGAAAGAGUUGAAGAUCUUGAGACAUUGCACAGUUCAAUGUUUAGUUGAUUCUUUUCAAAAGCAUUCCUUAUUUCUUAGUUAUCACUUGUACUGCCACUGCCAGAGUUAAAUGGUUACUAAGGAAGCCACCUAAUGUAGAUUUAGUAUGAGAUAUCUGCACUAUGGGUGUGAUUUUUAAUGCACUACCUGAAUCAUAUUUCUCAUAAAAGAAUUUGGGUAUUAAAAUGAAUGAUACUAUCAAGUUGUAUUAAUAGUAUAAAUAUGUAGUACUUUAAUAAACUCGAAUCUAGUUAAUAGAUGAA